AUGGCUGACAUGAAUCUCUUGACGAAGUUUAUGCUGCAGACAUCGAAAAAGAUGAGUCUCCAUCCGAGACGGAUGUUAAUUUGGCAGCAAGUUAUCCCAGACAUGGCGGCAAAAAGGGAAUACCUGAUGCACCUACUCUUGGCGCUCGCUGGGGCACAUGCUUUAUAUGAGUCAGACAUAGCAAAAUGCGGAGCAUUGGGUAUGGACGAUAAUCAAUUAACUCGUUCCUCUAUUGACGAUCCCGCGAUCCACGACCUUCAUCGCAUUAUUGAACAUCACCAAAGGGGGCUCCAAGGAUUCCGAGAGGCUCUAUCCGACAUGACUGCUGCCACGGCAGAAUAUGUCUUUUGCGGCUCACUCUUGAUCGUUGGCUUUGCCUUUGCUUCUUUAUCCAUUCGAGAUUUAAACAGGAUAGAACCGGGACCGAUGAACGAAGACAAUUACGAAAGUCCGUUUACUGACUGGCUCCAUUUGGUUCGAGGGCUGACAAGUGUGGUUCACGAGCACUGGCCUACCCUUAAACUCGGCAGACUGAGAGCUAUGUUAUUUUACGACUACGCCAACGAUGAUUGGAAACAUACCCUUUCAUUAGCCACUGUCCCGCGUUUAACUAAUGGCUCGCGUAUGGUGCUGAUGUUUGUGCAAGGCGCCGCUCGAGGACUUUCCAUGCUACGCACCUACGCAACAACAUUAUCUUCCAGCGGUACAGUACACGAGGCUGAUACUCCCUCACCCCAGGUGUCGUCAGAUACUCAUGGAAAGGCGGAUGAAUUGAUCCAGGAACAUGAUAAUACCAUCGAUAAACUGGAGGAGAUAUAUAUGCGUAUUCUUAAUGUGUUUCACUUCGCGGAAAGUGGACGUGAUUGCUCUGCAUCGCGGGAUUUUCAGAUCGAUCUAGAAGAGGCUGCCGCCUUAUCCUGGCCUCAGAUGGUAUCGAACGACUUCAUUGCUACACUCAAGCCAUGUGACCAAGUUGGGAUUGCUGAGGGAUUCUCGUACACGAUAUUAGCCCAUUUUUAUCUAGUCUUCGUUCUCUUUGAGGAUCUGUGGUAUCUCAAUAAGGGCUUUCACGAGGAGAUCAAAAAGAUCUUUUGGCUUGUCAGUGAUUUGAACAAUGACCGACUCCUGACCCUCAUGGAGUGGCCGAUGGCUGUCAUAGCAGCAGACCAAAAGGAAUGA